AUGUCGAUCAUUUACAUUGAUGAAGCCACUGGCUCAGAUACCACAGGACAAGGAACAGAAGCCCAGCCUUAUCAAUCUCUUGCUUUCGCCAUCUUCACUACUGCUGAUGCCAAAUAUCUCAUUCGUAAAGACGCAAAUACAUCCUAUGAUGAACCCACUCAAUCUGCAAUCAAAAAGGGCAAAAAGGGUGCUGACGGAUUAGAGAAGAAACGGAAGAAAGCGGAGGAACUUGCUGAACGCGAAGCCAAGGAAAAGGGCGAAGAACGGGAAAAGCGGGAGAGGCUGUUGGAGGAGAGUAAAAGUAUCGUUCUUAUUGAAGAUACCAGUCUAGCAAAAGCUAUCAAGGCAAAGAUAUCACAACUUGCUGAACAUCGAUCUAAACGAGUUCGUGUCUUCGGCUGGGUCCACCGUCUACGACAACAAAAAGACAUCACCUUUGUUACUUUACGCGAUGGUACAGGAUAUCUUCAAGUUGUUCUUUCAGGCCGCGUCAACCAAACUUACCAUGCACUCACGCUCACUCUAGAAUCAACCGUAGAACUUGUAGGAAUGCUUCAAGUUGUGCCAGAGGGAAAGACCGCUCCUGGUGGACACGAACUUAUCGUCGAUCACUGGCAACUUGUAGGCGCUGCACCCGGCGCAGAGGACGCCUUCACUAACCGUUUGAACGAAAAAACCAACCCUUCGAUCCAAGCUGAUCUCCGCCAUUUAGUCCUCCGUGGUGAAACUGCAUCUGCAGUACUUCGACUGCGCGCGGCCCUUCUGGCUGCCUUCCGCCAAACAUUCGUUAAACAUUCCACUAUCGAGGUGACACCGCCAUGUCUUGUGCAAACCAUGGUAGAAGGUGGCGCGACGUUAUUCAAAUUAGACUAUUACGGCCAGCCUGCGUUCUUGACGCAAAGCUCCCAGCUAUACCUCGAAACGUGCUUACCAAGUCUAGGUGAUGUGUUUUGCGUGCAAGAGAGCUUCCGGGCGGAGAACAGUCACACACGACGCCAUCUGAGCGAGUAUACCCACUUAGAGGCUGAACUCGGAUUUAUCAACUUUGACGAUUUAAUGACCCAUAUUGAGGCAGUGAUCUGCGAAUCAGUAGACAUUCUUCUCGCCGAUCCAAGCUCUGCCGCUCUUGUCAAACAGCUUAACCCAAAAUUCCAACCUCCUGUACGCCCCUUCCUACGUCUCUCCUAUGUGGAUGCCAUAACCUGGCUCAACGAACAUGGAAUCAAACGUCCUGAAGAGGACAAGGAUGGGAAUGCGGUCAAGGACGAAAACGGGAAAGACAUCAUGGUUGAACACGCUGUGGGAGAUGAUAUCGCUGAAGCUGCAGAGCGGCAGAUGACGGACAUCAUUGGGAAGCCGGUCUUUCUGUAUGGAUUCCCCGCGGAGCUGAAAGCAUUCUAUAUGAAGAGGAUGCCAAAGAAAGAGGGUAGCAAUGCGGUGUUCACUGAGAGCUGUGAUCUACUGAUGCCCAACGUUGGGGAGAUUGUUGGCGGUUCAAUGAGGAUAUCAGAUUAUGACGAGCUGAUUGCUGCGUACAAACGGGAAGGAAUGGAUCCCUCUACAUAUUAUUGGUACACGGACCAGAGGAAGUACGGUACUUGUGAGCAUGGGGGAUAUGGAUUGGGAGUCGAACGACUUCUAGCUUGGCUGGCAGACCGCUACACCGUUAGAGAAUGCUCACUUUACCCAAGAUGGCCCGAACGAGCUACGCCUUGA